AUGUCAUCCCAAAGAGAUAACAAUGCCCAGACUGAUCAACUCUUGGGCAAUAGCCAAGGCCAGGCGAUGAGAUCUAAUGCGGAGUUGAUGACCCAAAACACUGAAGAGUCUGAACAGCAAUCCACCAGUUACCUUCAAAAGACUGGGGAAAGCAUGAAGAACAUUGCUGCUGGAGCUGCGAUUGUGGCUCAAGAUGCGGUUGCAGGUGCAGUAAACCUGGCUCAAGGCGCAGCAGCAACUGUCAAGAACACUCUUGGCGUUAACUCUUCUGAAAACGAAAACAAUAACAACACAACUAAUUCCAAUAAUAAUGCUAAUUCUGCUCCUCCAACCUCCAACAUUAACAAUCUCAAAUCCAAACCUUUAACAAGGUUGUGA